GUGGCUGGAAAUCUCUCUCACUUGCUCCUCUUUGCUCAAAAUCUCUCUCUGCUUCAAUUUUCAAAUUUUGAACACACAACCCUCCCCCUCUCUCUCUUUCUCUCUCUCCAUCAGAGCCCAUUCUCUUGCUGUAGACCCAAUCCCAAACCCCCUAUUACUCUCUUCAUCUUCUCUCUUCCUCCCUCUCUCUCUCUCUCUGCCAUCCCAAUCUUCAUCAGCCGAGGCAGCCCCAAACCCCCUUCAAUAUUAACAACGAACGAAAGGAGCCACUGCAAAAGGAAGAAUCGAAAGGAAGAGUCUAUUAGAAAAAUUGGCUUAUUCUAAAGGAAGAAUCUAAACGAAUGGCUUCCACAUUCGAAAGAGUCAUCAACAUCGCUAGAGACGGACAUUUCUCUUCAAAUACCGAAGCCUUGAUCUGUCUCGAUGGUCUCAGUUUCUCCGAUCGACAAAUCGAGAAAGAAGAUGACCAGAGCGAUGUCGGAGACCGAUCUCAGAGAGCUUUCAUUGGAGGAAGAGGAGGAGAGAGAGGAGGGUUUUGCUUCGAGAUCGGAUUCGUUGGAUCGAGUGUUGUUUUUGGGCUCUGGAUUGGAUGAGAUUGUGGUUGAUGAGGAGUGUGAUGUUGUUGGGGUAAGGGAUUGGAAAUUGGGGGGUGUUGUUGUGGGUGGUGGUGCUGGAUACGGCAGAGGUGGAAGUUUGACCGGUGGUGGUGGUGGUAGAGGACGAAGAGGAGGAAGAGGAUCGGGCGGUGGUGAUGGGGAUGGGAGUUCUGGGUAUUGGGAUUCAAAUCAUGGGAAUAACAUCACGGAGGAGUAUUAUCAGAAGAUGAUUGACGCAUACCCUGGAGAUGCUCUGCUUCUUAGCAAUUAUGCUAAAUUCUUGAAAGAGGUCAAGACUUGAAGACCGCACAACCAGUUUUGGAAGCCCACUGUGAGUAAUAGUACAGUAGUAGUACGUUUUACUUAUCGUUAAUAAUUGUUAUUAACGUUUUGUUAUUCACAAGUUACCUAUGAUAACUUAUAUGAGCAAUUGAAAAAGCUGUGUACAUCUGUAUAACUCUAAUAUUAGUCUGCUCUAUUGAUAUCGGGGCCUGAGGCCGAUCUGUACAAUCUAUUGGGCUUGAGGCCGAUCUGUACAAUCUGUUGGACUUGAGGUCAAUCUAUAAAAUCUGUUAGGCCUAAGGUCGUUCUGUAUGAUACUGGGCUUGAAACCGCUCUGUAUAGAGAUUGGGCCCAAGGUCGUUCUGAAAAUGUUUAUAGAAUAAACUUAAUCAUAUGACCUCUGUACUGAUAUACAUAAUAACUCAAGUUUAUUCAUUAAAUUGUUUGUGUACUAUUAUUCACUGAGCCAUGCUCACCUUGUGUUAUGUCUAUCUUUGUAGGCAAUCAACCUGGAGAUCAGUCUUAGUUCCGCUUUGGUCACUCCUUUUUGGUCAAGCAACGUGAAGAAGCUUAAGCACUUUGUGGGGUUCCCUUAAUGACCCCUAGCUUGGUCCUCAAUCUUUUGUCUAAUGUGAUUAAGCAUGUAUAACUUU